AUGUUUAUUGCAAUGAAAUGUCGAUUAAAUUCUGCUGUAUCAAAUACAAGUGUUUAUUGUCUUGGUGCUUUGCCUAGUUAUAAAAAAGUUGUUGUUACUUUAUCUAAUGAAAGUGUAUAUGGUCCAUGGUCAAAAUCUCUGCUUUAUUUUCUUUUUCUAUCUGGUUAUCUUCAUUGGACAGAAACAAAUUCUGGUGCACCAGUUCCACGUGCAGCUCAAAAUGAUGGAGUUAUGGACAUUCGAUUAGCUCUUAGUCGUAUUGCGCAUGAUCGUUUCACUUUUCUAACAAGAGAUUCAUUUAUUUCACGUGGGAUUGGUUAA